AUUUUUAUUUUUAACGACCAAGUGCCUGUUAAGGCGAGUUGUUAUCUGGUUGAGCCGUAAACAAAUAAGUGCAGAUCUUGAGUUUCCUAUCACACUAAUGUAAACAAACAUCCCAGGCCGAGCAGAAUUCAAUAUUUAUUUGCCCAGCUCCCGACGACGAUCUUCACCUCCAUUAUUAGUCCAAACUCUGUCGGGAAGGCAACUCAAGCCGGGUUCAAAGUGUGCGACUCGGCCCAAGUGGACUAUUUCGACUCAAAGCACCGAGUGCCCAUAUCUGAGAGAUACAGGCCCUAUCUGCUACCUGCCUAGCAUAGAUAUAGAGAUACAUUCGCAUCCACGAUCGACGUGAAAAAAGGUAAACAAAAGUCAAGUCAAUGAGCAAAACAUUAGUAUUUGUAUCUGUGUGAGCUCUUUGGCGCACCUGUGUGGGUGUGGAGUGACUGUUGGUAACAGUUCGGCGAGCGAUCGAGGCGUUUCAGUCAGUAACGAGUUGAAAGUUGCCAAAACACGUCGGAAGUCGCACGUCAACAGUGAACGGAAGUGCCUAAAUCCAAUUUUUGUUUCAAAAUUGUUAUCAAACAAGAUAGUAUUUGAUGGAAUAAAUACUUGAAUGAAUAAAUCAGUGACUAUGUUUUUAAAGCUAGAGGAAAGUUAACUAAAAAAGCCAGUGAAACUUGGCCAAGACAAACCCGUUUGCACAAACACACACAACCACAGCCAGCUCAGACUCCAGAAGCGAAACAAUUAAAAAAAGAAGUUAGUCAGUCAGCGUCGGUGCGUUAUGGCUGGAUGAAUCAUACCUCGGAUUGGUUACAGAAAUCGCAACAAAAUAUACAUUGCACCUCUGGAAUAUAUAUAGCAAUAGUGGGGCCCCUAGUGGUUAUGUAAAAACCUCACUGAGCCGUAGCGAAAAUAGUCAAAGCCCCGAACAUUCCAGCCAACGCACCUCACAUGUCCAGCAAGGAAAUGCGUCCACUGUCGCUCUCCAUCGGGGCCUCCCUGCUGCCCAGCUUCUCCCUGGUCACGGCGGCGAAUGAUGGCAGCAAGGACUGCCACGGGAAGGUCUGCCAUCCGGUGGACGAGUACUGCUCCGCCUUCGCGGAGUCCUGCGAGCCCUGCGCCCCCAUCUGCGACAAUACCUCCCACAACUACCAGGCAGCUAUGUGCGCCAAGGAAUGUUCAGCCUUUAACAGAUUCGAGCCUCUAAAGGCGGAGAUACACAACAUCCAGAGCAACCAACAGCUGAUCCUCCUGCUCCUGAUCAUACUGCUUGUCCUGAUCGUCUUUAGGUACGCCUUCCAGGGCAUCCGCUGGCUGCUGCAUAAGAGGUGCAUCCAGCGGAUGCUUCAGAGGAUGCAGUCCAAGGCCUACCCCCCGCCGACCGCUAAUGGCAAGGACCUCAAUGCCACCACCAUUCAGAACCUGAACGCCAUCAAUCGGCACGGCAGCGACAUUGAGCGGGCGCCGUCCCAGAUCUACAGCGUGGCAGGUGCCGCCGAGGGCUCAGUGCUCACAAUGACGACGCCGGUGAGCACCCGCUAUCCGGCGGAGAACAGCACCACGCCCACCACCGUGGUGACGGAGAUUGGCUACGGGUACGAUAACCAGGCCAUGGUCGUGACCCCGGUUUCCGAGAAGCCCACAUCCAUCCCAGCGGCUGCUUUCUAACGCCAUAUAAAGAACCCUGAAGGACUUAUUCAUCUUCAAUUGAGUCCAGCGACAGGAAAAUGUACACCACAUUAAAAAUAGUGAUAUCAUUGUAGGAUGGAUACUUAUGUAAGCAAACAGAUUAUAAUUAGGAGCCUAAAAUUGACUUAAACGUAAGGAAACUAUCCCCAACUAUUUGGAAACAAAUCCAUUUAAACUCCGAGCUGUACCUUUACUUUGAG